AUAAUUUUUUUCAUGCAUUGGUAUACCAACACGCCAGACAGGGUAACCAUGAUACAAAUCAAUGAUAUCAUAUCAGGCUUAGAGAAUGAUUUUGUUCUCGCUUUCGCCGGGGUCUAGUUUCGUCGGAUGCCUUUGCAAUAUAGAUAUCGGGAAAUCGGCGUUUCUGAAAAGGGGCAACUAACUAAGAGCAGCGAAUCAGCAAUUGGUAAAUGGAGAGUGGUAUGACGGUUGGACCAUAGACCGUCGAUCUAACUUUACCCAGAGUCGCAUUUUUUGUAGACCCUUGCACAAAGAGACUGGCCGUAAAAAGAUGCCAGGGUGCUUGCAUUAGCGCUGCCUUGGCCCAGGGUUGAUUGGCAAGGAGGAAAAGUUUUCGUUAACGCCGCACGACCCCUCUCUACACGUCAGCGGCGUAUCAUCCUGUAUACCUAAGUUAGCCAAUAGACGUCAGCUUUGAGAUGUUGGUUUUUGAGGCUCAAGAACAGGGGUCCUCUCAAGGUGGUUCGCAAAUGCGGCACAGCGAUUCUAUAAAGCGGGCUGAUGUUUUCCUGCCAGGCAGCAACGCAACCAUCACCGAUCUAUUACUCACAUAUUCACCAAGACACUCCAGCUAGUGCUAUCACACCCAUUCAUCCACGUCCACCAUGGCCCAGGUUGAUACCACCGUUGAUACUACCAAAAAAGACCCUACGCCGUGCCCAACAUGUGGAUGGUCUGAUUUACGGCGAAGCAGAUGCAGCCACAUAAGUCAGGUCAAGCUCGUCAAUGCCGUGAGCAACCGAGCUUGGUGGCAUAUCGGCAGUGACAUGGUUCUGAAAGAGGAUCCGUACGACAAGUGGAAGACGUCGGAGGUUGCUAAUCUCAAGUUCAUUCAGGAGAAGACCACAAUUCCUGUCCCGACAAUUGUGAAAGACUGGGUGCAGAGUGACAACCGCCAUUUUCUUCUCAUCGAGCGCAUGCCGGGAGAAACUCUGGAUACACUGUACCAAAAACUAUCCACUGCAGAGUUGGAGGCUAUUGCUGACCAAGUGGCGGAGCUUAUCCAGCAGCUUAGGCCACUGCAGUCCCCUCAAAUUGGUGGCAUCGGAGGCACACCACUACACAAUGGGUGGAUUUUCGUUAACAAUAUGGAGCCAGCUGGCCCAUUUUCUUCAGACGAGGAGCUUUGGGACUGCAUGAAAAAUGGUUUAGCCAAAGUCCCAGCAAAAGCUCUGGAAAAUCUUCAAAAGCGCAUGCCAGCCUGCAAGCCAUAUACGUGGACACAUGAUGACCUGAGCUCAUCGAAUAUCGUGGUCAAGGACGGAAAAGUGACUGGGAUUCUGGACUGGGAAUUCUGUGGAUAUUAUCCUGUCUGGUGGCAGUAUGUGUCUGCUGGGUCGGGAAACCCAGACGAACAACGAUGGCUGACAAUCAUGCGUGACAAGAUCAAAGAUAAAUACCCAGAGGCAACAGAAUUUUUCAGGGAUCUUCGUUCCCUUACCUAUUAUCCAGACUUGACUGAACAAGGCAAAAAGACAUUGGAAAAGCUGAUGGCGACUGGGGAAUAAAGCACCCUGUGCCUACCAAACGUGUCGACAAACUGAGGACCAGGAUCGAAUAUUAAAGGGGAAAGCGGAGGGAGGUGCCCGGGGAGGGC